CUUCUAGCCAACGGACCGAGAAUGUGCUAGUUUUUGUAGAUUUCGAAUCAAAAUUGUGCGAGUUCCUCUUUCUUUUUCUCUCUAGAUUUGCUCGCUCUUUUCCCUUUCCUGGCCAUUAUUCAAUCUCCCUACGCUAGGUUAGGGUUCAUCUCCUCUACUUUCCUCUUCCUCAAUCGCUCUUGCAUUGUUAGUUUUCGUUUUACCGUCUUCCACUUGUUGCUUCUAUUCUGCAACCAGCUUCUUUCUUUGGGGCGAUUCGGGGUUCCAGUGAGCACUAGAUCGAUAAUUUGUUGAUUACUUUGGUCUUCCCCGUUGACGGUUUUGCAGUCUGAUCACUGAAGUUUGUGAAAGUUUCCCCCCCCCUGAUCGAUUUAGGGGUGUAGUGGACCUAUGAGCUGGCUGGGGUUUUUCUCAUAGUGAUCUGCUGAUUUUUGCUCAUUUCAUGGACUGCUUUGUGUUGAACUUUGCUGGUCUUUCUCUAGCUAUUGACAGCUUGAAUAUGUAAUGCGUUAAAAAUGGACGACGAUACAGAAAUUGGGAUGCCACUCCCUGGCUGGAACAACAAGAAUCCAACUGAAUCCUAUGUUUUCAUGGUAUCCUGCUUUCUUGCUGCUGUGGUUGGAAUUCUGACCAUAGCAUACACGGCUUUCCAAUGGAGAAGGAAUAUCAAUCUAAGUUGGAUGAAGGCUAUAGCCAGGUCGAAGAAAAAUCCAAAGACGAGGCACAAGGUUCCAGCUUCACCCCAUACAUGGGUGCUUGAAUCAGUGUCUCGUGGAAAGAAUCUGAAUUGUUGUGUUUGUUUGAAAUCCAUGUGUCCGUCUCAGACUCUUGGCCCUAUGGUGGCUUCUGAUAGCUUUAUCCACUGUUGCAGUAUUUGUGGUGCUGUAGCUCACCUUGGAUGCUCUAAUAAUGCACCCAAGGACUGCAAAUGUGUUUCUAUGGUUGGAUGUGAUAGUGUCAUGCAUCAAUGGGCUGUUCGGUGGACUGAGAUAAUGGAUCAACCCGAUGAAACAUCCUUCUGCAGUUAUUGUGAGGAGCCAUGUAGUGGAUCUUUUCUUGGCGGAUCACCCAUAUGGUGUUGCUUUUGGUGUCAACGACUUGUCCAUGUUGAUUGCCAUAGUGGUAUGUCCAGUGAAACUGGUGAUAUUUGUGAUUUAGGUCCUUACAGAAGAUUGAUUUUAUCGCCCCUGUAUGUGCGAGAACUUCAGUGGAAUGUUCCAGGUGGGUUUUUGAGUUCGAUCACUCAUGGAGCCAAUGAAAUUGCUUCUUCAGUGCGUGCAAGUAUUAGGAGUCAAACCAAGAAGUAUAAACACGGGAACGAAACACCCGUUGACACUGGCAAUAGUGGUAGUAUUGGUGAUCCGUCCACUGAACCCACAGCUGAGACCCAUCCUUGUGAAAAUUAUUGCAUUUGUGGUGAGGAAAACUGUGUUGGUAGUCUCAAAGUGGCGAGUCCUUGUCGUGAUAGUGCGAAUGUGGAUAAUAAGUUGGAAUCAAGACCUAGCUUGAAAAGGAGCGGCUCACUGAAUGAAAGGGAUGAAUCUCAUGUCCUAGGUAUGAAGCAGAGAUACGAGAUAAUUGAUUUGCCAUCUGAUGCAAGACCCCUCCUCGUUUUCAUUAACAAGAAGAGUGGAGCUCGGCGUGGAGACUCCCUAAAGCAACGGUUGAACUUGCUUCUAAAUCCUGUUCAGGUAUUUGAAUUGAGUUCAGUACAGGGGCCAGAAGUAGGACUUUAUCUUUUCCGGAGGGUGCCUCACUUUAGAGUUCUUGUUUGUGGAGGAGAUGGCACUGUAGGGUGGGUUCUUGAUGCUAUAGACAAACAAAAUUUUGUCUCUCCACCUCCUGUAUCUAUUCUGCCAGCUGGAACUGGAAAUGAUCUGGCCAGAGUACUCUCCUGGGGAGGUGGUUUAGGGGCACUGGAAAGACAAGGAGGUCUCUGCACCUUAAUGCAUGAUAUUGAGCAUGCUGCUGUAACCGUCCUUGAUAGGUGGCAGGUGGGGAUUAUGAACAAUCAAGGGAAACAACUCCAAUCACCAAAAUUUAUGAACAACUAUCUUGGCAAGUGAAUGGCUCGGUGGUUUUGGAUUUAAUUUCUGGGCCAGUUUUGCUUUUUUCUGGUUUCUUCAACUAAGCUAUGCUGAAUAAUGUUAUGGUUUUGCUUGAUUGUGUUGGCUUAUUAUUUUAGCAUUUGUUUGCAGGUGUCGGGUGUGACGCCAAGGUUGCUCUUGAAAUCCACAAUUUGAGGGAGGAAAAUCCUGAGAAGUUCUAUAACCAGUUUAUGAACAAAGUUCUUUAUGCAAGAGAAGGUGCAAAGAAUAUAAUGGACCGUACAUUUGUUGAUUUUCCAUGGCAAGUGAGGGUGGAAGUUGAUGGGGUUGAGAUAGAGGUCCCAGAGGAUGCAGAAGGUGUACUCGUUGCAAACAUAGGAAGUUACAUGGGUGGUGUAGACCUAUGGCAAAAUGAGGAUGAGUCUUAUGAUAGUUUUGAUCCGCAAUCUAUGCAUGAUAAGUUACUCGAAGUUGUGAGCAUAUCUGGAACAUGGCACUUGGGAAAGCUUCAGGUGGGGCUUUCACGUGCACGCCGACUUGCCCAGGGGCAGUUGAUUAAGAUACAGCUUUUUGCUCCUCUGCCUGUGCAAAUAGAUGGGGAGCCUUGGCUGCAGCAACCAUGUACAGUAAUUGUAUCUCAUCAUGGCCAGGCCUUCAUGCUGAGAAGAGCAGCGGAAGAACCACUUGGACAUGCAGCGGCCAUUAUAGCUGACGUGCUUGAGAAUGCCGAAACUGACCAUGUUAUCAAUGCUUCGCAGAAGCGAGCUCUUCUUCAUGAGAUGGCUCUCAGGCUAUGUUGAAGUGUCUUCAGCAGCCACUCUUCUGUUUUAAGACUGCGGCUUUCUGUGAUUUGUUCCACAUGAUGUUUGUAAAUGGAAAACUGUGUUAAUUUUUUUUUAUAGGAAAAGCGAUUCCCAUAAUGAAGAUGAAAAGAAGGGGGGAUUUGAAAUUUUGCAUAUAUAGCUGUUAUCCACAAAUGUUUGCUUUACCACACCCAAUGUUGUACAUACAAACACUUUGGUUCAGUCUUUGACAUGGUUUUUAGAAAAGUAGAACAAUCUCUCUCUCUUCAACUUUACAUGUGACCAAUGUUGUCGGAAUGUCGGAACCCCGAGCAUGAUCAGUUAAUGUGAAUGGGCUUGCAUUUUAGUGGUCCAACAGGUGUUCGACU